UUGUUGCUGUGUUUUCGCGAAAGGAUCAAACAAAUGUGGCGGCGCGUGGGUUCUCUGUCUUCGCUUGUUGCGUCCUCCAAAUCGCGCCACCUUAAUCAAACAGCAUGUGGAUUUAACGCUUUGCAAAUGUUCAGCACUCAAGUUCUGGAUCAGGCGGAAAGUGGAAUUUCUGAUAGAAGAAGGAUCCCAUUUGUGACAUUUGUCUUGGGGGGUCCUGGGAGCGGAAAAGGAACUCAAUGUAUGCGGAUAGUUCAUACUUUUGGGUUUACCCAUUUAAGUGCUGGAGACCUGUUGAGAAAAGAAAUUUCUUCUAACAGUGAAAAUGGCGAUAAUGAUAGAUUUCUUAUUGAUGGUUUCCCAAGAACUGAAGAGAAUCGUAUAGCAUAUGAACGAGUUAUUGGUGCUGAACCAGACAUUGUGCUCUUUUUUGAUUGUCCUGAAGAAGAAAUGGUGAAACGAGUAUUAAACCGUAAUCAGGGACGAAUUGAUGAUAAUAUAGACACAGUCAAGGAAAGGCUAAAGGUCUUCGCGGAACUAAAUCUUCCAGUCAUCAAGCACUACUCCAAGAUAGGAAAGCUUUGCAAGAUUGACGGUACUGGAUCAGAAGAUGAAAUUUUUGAGAGGGUUCGCCCAAUUUUUGAUGCAUUGAGGUAUCAGUCUCAUGAUAUUCGUAAAAUAUAUUUAUCAAUUUCAGGACAUACUGAGAAACAAUUAGCUUCCUCUUCCCUAAUAAAAAUGGUUGGAGAUACAGAAACCGAAAAUUUGGUGACCAAGUGAAGACUCGCUAGCCUCCAUCAAAGCCCUGUUAUCCUUAUUCACCAUUAGUUGAUCAAGUUGAAAAAUGCUAACUUGAAACGGUACCAUAGGGAAUUUGCAGGCAAAAUCGGGCCUGGAUUUUUUCUCCAAGCAGACGAGAAGAGAACUAAUCAUUUGUCUCAAUGUUAUGCCAAUGCAUGACAAAUCAUCCAAAGAAGAAAAUAUUUCUACUCUUUACAUAUACUAUCUCUUUAACGGGUUACCAUCAUGAUGAUACUAAGUCUGAGCAUUCUUCGGCAAUUGUGUUCGAAAAUAAAUUUUAUAAGCUGUUAUCUUAAGCUUUAAUUGCUACUCUACCCUACGCGAUAUCUCCAAUGAUUAUGUGUUCUAGGUUCUAUGAAAAUCUUUGUUUUU